AUGCCGUCCGCAGAGCCCAGUACCGUCGAGGACACGCAAUUGGGCCUGACCGAUGAGGAAAUAAAUCUUCUUCGCUAUCACCAAGCUCAGGCCGGUUCCUCUUCUUCGCGCGCCGCUAGUCGCGCUUCAUCUCAAGGUCGUCUCCUCCUCGACAGUUCUAGUCUUGCUGCCCUGGCACGACACCUCGACCGCUUGCUGCACCAGAUACAACAACGCAUCGAGUACCUCAGCGAACAGAGCUCCGUCGUGACUAUGCAGCAGUAUGAUCACGCAGGCAACCUGGUGGAUAAUGCCGAUGCUGAAAUUGCGCGCUUCCAGGGUAUAAUGGCUCAGAUCGACGAGCUUGAGCUCGACUUCGAUCGCAUCGCCCACAUCAGAGAUAUUGUGAGGGAUUAUCGACAACGAGUCGAAAACCUAGAACGCGAACUAGAGAACUCGAGUUCGUCGCGUCACGAACACCACCAUUCCCAUCGCCAUAGCCAUUCACAUCGACACGAGGCUAGCUCUUCCAGCCGUCGACAUAGACAUUAA